AUGGCGAUUUCGGCUCCUGCCCCUACUUCUUCCUCCUCCAGACUCCUCUAUUCCUACGCUUCUCCCGCCAUUUCCACCUCCGGUAAUCCCAAAUCCCUAACUCUCUCCUCCUCCUUCCUCCCUUCAAUCGCUUCCCUCUCCCUCUCCACCUCCUCCCCUCAACGCCUCCGCCGCGCGUUCACCGUACGCGCCGCCAGAGGAAAAUUCGAGCGGAAGAAGCCGCACGUCAACAUCGGCACAAUCGGUCACGUUGACCAUGGCAAAACCACUCUAACCGCCGCGCUAACCAUGGCCUUAGCUUCAAUUGGAUCCAGCGUCGCCAAAAAAUACGACGAGAUCGACGCCGCCCCGGAGGAGAGAGCUCGCGGAAUCACAAUCAACACCGCCACGGUCGAGUACGAGACGGAGAACCGCCAUUACGCCCACGUCGAUUGCCCCGGCCACGCCGAUUACGUGAAGAACAUGAUCACCGGAGCUGCUCAGAUGGACGGAGCAAUCCUCGUCGUUUCCGGCGCCGACGGUCCUAUGCCGCAGACGAAAGAGCACAUCCUUCUAGCGAAGCAAGUCGGCGUCCCCGACAUGGUCGUCUUCCUGAACAAAGAGGACCAAGUCGAUGACGCAGAGCUUCUAGAGCUCGUCGAGCUCGAGGUUCGUGAGCUUCUCUCCUCUUACGAAUUCAACGGCGAUGACAUUCCGAUCAUCUCCGGCUCCGCUUUGCUAGCCGUCGAGACUCUCACCGAGAAUCCAAACGUGAAGAGAGGCGAGAAUAAAUGGGUGGAUAAGAUCUACGCUUUGAUGGAUUCCGUCGACAGCUACAUUCCGAUUCCGACGAGGCAAACGGAUCUGCCGUUCUUGUUAGCCGUGGAAGACGUGUUCUCGAUCACCGGCCGUGGGACUGUAGCGACGGGGCGUGUGGAGAGAGGUACAGUGAAAGUAGGAGAGACUGUUGAUUUGGUUGGACUGAGAGACACUAGGAAUUACACUGUGACCGGAGUUGAAAUGUUUCAGAAGAUUCUUGAUGAAGCGAUGGCUGGAGAUAAUGUGGGGUUGUUGCUUAGAGGUAUACAAAAGGCUGAUAUACAGAGAGGGAUGGUUUUGGCGAAGCCUGGAUCGAUCACUCCUCAUACGAAGUUCGAGGCGAUUGUGUAUGUGUUGAAGAAAGAAGAAGGUGGGAGGCAUUCGCCGUUUUUCGCUGGGUAUAGGCCUCAGUUUUACAUGAGGACGACGGAUGUUACGGGGAAAGUGACGAAGAUUAUGAAUGAUAAGGAUGAGGAGUCGAAGAUGGUUAUGCCUGGUGAUCGGGUUAAGAUCGUUGUGGAGCUUAUCGUGCCGGUUGCUUGUGAGCAAGGGAUGAGGUUUGCUAUUAGAGAAGGUGGUAAGACUGUUGGUGCCGGAGUGAUUCAGGCUAUUCUCGAAUAA